CGAGUUUAUAUAUAAGCCUUCAAGCAAGAAGAAUCCCUAAGAAAAACAAUGCUUAAGAAAGGUGUCAAAUCUAGAGUCGUGCAAGUAGACUCUCAAGAAAAAUGGAACCACAUCACAUCUAAGCCUAUGUAUCAAGAUUCUCCUAUAAUAGUUAAUUUUACAGCAAUGUGGUGCAAGCCUGCAACAGCAAUGGAGCCAUUGUUUGAAGAACAAGCUUUGAUACAUAAAGAUGCCACUUUCUUAUCCGUUGAUGUGGAUGAGGUGAAGGGGUUGAGGGAGAAAAUGAAAAUAAAAGCUAUGCCUACGUUUUUAAUGAUGACAUCUAACAAAAAUAAAGAAUGGGAAGUGAUGGAUAAGGUUGUUGGUGCUAAUCCAAGAGAAAUCAAGAAGAGAAUAGCUGCUUUUAUUCAAUUUGGUUGCAUACAAAUUCAAAAUAACGUUGAAGUUUUAGAGUUUUAGUUAAUUAAGCACAAGUUAUUUCAACAAAUGUCUCUAGAGAUUCUUCCAGAUUUUGAAAUAGGUUUGUAAUGUAAAUCCUAUAAAAAAAAGAUUGGUGUACACUUGUACUUUGAUCUCAUCAAAUAAAACAUUCUAGUGAGUUUGUUAAA